AAGUACUAUAUGGGUAGCAAUGUUCGCUUAAAAGAGUCGUGGAAAGUGAUAUCAGUCGUGUGUUCGUGUUGCCCCAUCACGAGCCGGAUAAGGUCUGGGUCACGUCGAAUGUCGCUCGGUGUUAACGUGAAAUCGAUUAAAAAAGCCAUAGCCGAGAAGAAAAAGAGGGUUAGAAGGAUGGUACAAAUUCUUCUUGUUAACUCGUCUGUUUUUGGUUUCGGUAUACUUUAUUCACAGAUGUUAACGACCUAUGAAUUCCAAGCGAGAGGAAUGGAUCGAAUGAUAAACGGAAAUGUUACCCUUCCAAUCCCAGAAACGUGUAUGCUUGCCUUUAAUGAGCUCGCCAUACUAGUGUUUAUUCCCAUACUUGUCAAGUGCAUUUAUCCUUGUAUUGAAAACCGAGGGCGUUCGACAGGCUACUUUACGAGAAUGGGGUUCGGAAUGGUGUGUGCCGCACUCUCUGGUCUAUAUGGUAUCAUACUGGAGGUCUCGCGACAGCAGUCGUGUCAUCAGUUUGACGGUGUCCCCAAACUGAGCGGGCUGUGGCAGGGGCCUGAAUACGCCAUCAUUGGCCUAGGGGAGACGUUGACAUUUAUAGCAGCAAUGGAAUAUUCUUAUCUGGAAGCACCAACGGGUUUGCGGGGCACGGCUAUGGGUUUGUUCAACUUGGGAUUUGGCUUGUCCUACUGCGUAGCGCUCAUAGUGGUAACAAUAGUGGAUAAAUUAACGGACUGGUAUACGGUGGAUCUCAAGGACACAUGCCUGACACACAAUAUAGGUCACUUGGAGCGGUAUCUCCUGCUUUUACUCGGCUUUCUCGCUCUGUGUGCGAUAUCAUUUGUGAUAGUUGCGUUUUACUUAUCUUCCCAGAAACGCAAAUCUGCGGCGACGACGUCGACGUCAUAGCCGUCGACUAGCUCGAGAAGGAAAAUUGACUGACAUUUAAAAUACCUGCUUGAUCCUAGCUGACAUCUAGUUUA